CAGACGCUUGAUGUGGGAUCAUCGCCAGCUCGCAAGAAAGGUGUCACGCCACCCCGAGUCACCGGCGGCGAUGCUUGUUGCGUAGCGGGAUACCGACGCCCUCCAGAAAAACCACCGCCAGAGGGGAUCUCCGGGGUUAGCUGAGCAGCCGCAGCGGCUCAGUCUGCGCUGCUGCUAUUGCGUGUUUAGCCGAGCGGCUGGGAGGGGAAGCUCGUUCGCUGCUCUCUCGCUCUUCCUUCCUUCCCUCCUUCCCACUCGCGCUUCCCAAACAGGCUGCGAGAGACCGCCCAUUGGGCAUCCACCGCCAAGCUCGUAACGGGUCUGUGUCGGUGCCGCUUUCUUGCAGCAGCAUGAACUCGGGCGGAGAAGCCCACGAGAUGAACGGGCUGACUGGAGGGAGCGGCGGCGGCGGCGGCAGCAACGCUCCUCUCGGGGAGGUAAACAAACCUCAAAGACUGUGGCAGAGAAAUGGACCAAUUAACAUUAAUCAUUACGCUAAUAAGAAGAGUGCAGCUGAAAGUAUGUUGGACAUUGCUUUGCUUAUGGCCAAUGCAUCCCAGCUGAAAGCAGUGAUGGAACAAGGACCUACCUUUUCAUUCUAUGUUCCUCUUAUUGUCCUCAUCAGCAUCUCGCUCACACUACAGAUUGGAGUCGGUGUGCUUCUGAUAUUCCUUGUAAAAUAUGACCUUAAUAACCCUGCAAAACAUGCCAAGCUGGACUUUCUCAAUAACCUCGCUACUGGACUGGUGUUCAUUAUAGUGGUUGUGAAUAUUUUUAUCACUGCUUUUGGAGUACAGAAACCUUCACCCACAAAAGCAUAGUAAUGAAGAGCCCACUCUGCGGGUGAUUUCUGCACAUGGACUGUUUCCUCUUGGAUGCAAAGCACGAAGAAACAGAAGCAAUCCAAAGAAGAAUUUUUAUGUAAUUUCCCACUGAGCUAUUGGCCGGAAAGAUCAUUCUGUUAAAUCUCUCAGCUAAAUGAAAUGAUCUUCUGCUACUGUUGGGAAAACUAAAUUAAAAACUAUAAUACAAGAGUUUGUAUUCAGACUUCCAGCACCAACAGUUCCACUUUACCUUGUUACCAUUGCAUCAGAGAUCAAUUCUAUCCAGAUCCUGUUAUCUCACACGUCCACAGACAACUCAGACUUCCCCACUCUCUGUGCCUUCUUGAAGGAUGCUGAGCAGAGAAAGAAGUAACUUCUACACUCAAAAUAGCAACCGAGUACAUACAGGUGCAGAAAUACCUUUUGUACUAAAGAGAGAACAACAUCGUCCUCUAGCAAGUAACUCAGAAACUUGUAAUCUGUGCUUUAUGCAAUUUAUGUGCAUAAAUUUUCUUUGUUUACAUAAUUCCCCAUACAUAAUAUGCCUCAAUGUAGAAUUUGAAGGGCUCUUCUUCUUUUUUGUGAAGGCUAAGGCUGGCAACAAUUGGAUGUUUUGGAUGUCAUUUAUUCAUAGAGUUGCCAUAAGCUGGCUAGUCAACACAUAUCAUACACAAGGUGCUUUCAAACAAUAUGACAGGAGCUUUUAGCGUAGUCAAAUUUCUGUUCUGAGAAGCCGACUAUACCUCAUGCUUCCUCUUGUUAAGGAUUAGUUUAGCUCUCAAAAUCCAAGUGGGCCAAAGAGACCAGGUGACACCCUUUUCUGAGUUCUUGGAAACAACUUUUUCCUUCUUUCUCAGUGUCUGAAUGCAUUAUUUUUAUAUCUGCGUAGGAAAAUAUUCCACUCUUAUCUGUGAGGCCCAGUGCAACCAUUGAACAACCCCUGUUUUUUUAAGGACUCAUAAUAACAACAGCUUGUGUAAGUAUACAAGAUGAGAUAGAAAAACCACAGGAAAAAAACUGAAUAAACAUUGUUCUUAAACUAUAUAUACACAUACACAUGUGUGAAAGAGCACUGAAACAGCACUUAACUUUCAAACUUUGAGCAAAGGCUUUUAAACAGAAAAGCCAGUAGCUAUAGCUACAGAUGUAAACAUUUCAAACAGUUUGGGGCAAUGAAGGAAAAAAAAAUUUCCUGACUUUUUACAAAGUCAAGCAUUUUGGGAAAACAAAUACUUAACUCUCCAUCAAACUCAGGCAUAUUUGAUCUAAUUUCUUAAAGUGCUUCAUUUAUAACAGCAUAUAAAAUUGUACAGUUUGCAUGUUUAUGGAAUUUAAAAGUAUAAACAUGUUGAUUUCCAAUAAGAAAAAUUGCACAUUUACCCAAUACUUGAGAAAAAGUUGAAAACUGUUGUACCACAUGCUGUGUUGGCACAUUAUUUGUCAUUAUCUGUUUCAUCUGAGAGGUAGAAAAAAAAUUGUCUUCAGAAAACAAAUUCUGUAUUAUGCAAAUGAAAGUGCAUUAUUUGAACAGAAAUUCUCUCAGUCACAAUAGGUAGGAAUACCUGCAAAUUUGUAGUUUAAGUUAAACUUGAUAACACUGAAAAUACUAAUACUAUGGCAUAUUAUUUUUUGUUAAAAUUGUUUACAUUUAAGCCAUAAACAUGAUUAAAAAUGAUAAUUCUGUGUGCUGUAGACAUAUACAUUGUACUGAAAAAUUAUGUUGUAUAUGUCUACAUAUACAGAAUUAUAUCUAAUGUUAAAUACUGUUUUAAAAAGUAUUUCAAUCGUUUCAAAACAGAAAAAAAAUCAUAGGAAUUUUUUCACUGUUCCUUAGAAUUUCCAUCGGAAAAACUGGAAAAAGUCCUGAGGCAUUUUCACAUCAUACAUUUUGAAUAAAGAAAAGGUUAGUCCUAAGAACCAUUUCAUUCAUUCCAAAAACAGAAAAUGUUUCUUGGAAAGUUAAUUAGGACUUCCUAAAUUUUCCAAAUUUUUCCAUAGAAAAAAUUGAAAAAAGUCCUCAACAAUAUGUUUCCCAGGCCUUCUCAUCUCUAAGUACAGGCCACACUGCAGUUUUACAUAUUUUGCUUAUUUAUAUAAAAUAGGUUUAAUAGGCUUUUAAAUUUGUGCUGGAUAGUGGACAUUUUUCUAGUGUGAUUUCUUUGCAUUUGAUUUAAAUGGGUAACAUGGUGCAUAAAAUAAUCAUUUUUGAAAGGGGCAUGUUUAGAAAUAAUCAGAAAAUAUGGAUUAUUGCUGGCAAUUGUAUGCAUCGAAAAUAUCUUCGUUAAAAUAUAUAUCAAACAUUCUGUUUCUAAUUUAUUGUAUUUUUACUUGCUUAUAACUUUAUAAUUAAUACAUUUGUUUUUUAUUUUAAAAGUUUUACAUAUACAUAACACAUUGUGGCAAUUAUGCAGAUAAACAAUACUUGCAUUUUCAUUUGCCACUUCAGUUGUUAAAUUUUUCAAGUGACUAUAACAGCAACAAAUUUGAAAGGAAAGAAUAGUAGAAGAUUUGUUUAAGGCUUUCAUGGCUGGAAUUAACUGGCUGUUGUGGGUUCUCCAAGCUGUGUGGCUGUUGUCUGUUAAUUUUUGCUCCUAGUGUUUUGACUGCAUCUACAAGACACGCUUCUGAAGAUGUCAAGCAUAGAUGCAGGCAAAACUUUAGGAGCAAAAACUAAUAGACUGUGACCACACAACCCGGGAAACCCACAACAGCCAGUUGAAGCUUUUCUUGAAAAUAGAGAAUUAUCAUAGAACUAUCUUAAAAUUAGAUUGUUUUACUUCAGAGGGGAAUUGUUAAAUAUUUUUAUAACUUAUUUUCAUUACUGGUAAGAAUAGUUUUCUCCAGAAGAUCUUUCUUGUAAUCUUAAUCGCAUGUAAAUACUGUUAAUAAGGCGGAAGAAUUAAGGGCUGUUUUGGUUUGUGAAGAUUGUCGUUUCUCAUUCAUUACAACUGUUGAAAGAAUGCAGCAUUUCUCUCAUUAUUUGUUUAGGUUUUUAACAGAAUAUUCAGUUCUGUAAUGUCACAGUGGACUUCUUGAUAAAACCAGGUGUCUGAUCUUCUGGUCUGGGUAAAAAAAUCUGAUAAUAAAAUUAUUAAUUUCAAUACACAUUUAACAAAAACCUCUUAAAAUCAUAUAAAAUUUCAUGAGAUUACCAGUAUUGUCAUAAACAGAGUUAUGCUGUAUUCAAAGCCAGUUGAAGUCCGUGGGUUUAGAAGGGUAUAACUCUACUUACAAUUACCUUGUAUGGCAGCAAUACGUAUAAGGAAGGGAUGCUUCCAUGAGUAUGUUUAGGACUGGGCUCUGUCUUCAGGUUUCACAAUUGCUUGCAAUGUUGGUGAAAAGUCAGCAUAUUAACAAAUAUAUCUGUGGGCUUAAGUAUUCUUAGCUCUGUUGAGUUAAAUUAGUCAAUACAUGUGUUUUAACCCUAGGACUUUAGACAAGGCAGUGGUUUUCAGCCAUAGGCUGUGUCCCUCAAGCCACAAUUUUCCUCUUCCUUUUGGAAGAACCUGCUGCUACUAAGCAUUCAUAAAGAGGGAACAAAUGACAUUCAUUAUGGAACAAAAAGAUUAGUGUGGAUGCAGCUCAUAUUUUUGCACACAUAAGAAUAGUGUUUUCUUAGCACUAAGUCUUAUUUGACAAAGGGAGUUUUGACUUUCAAAAGCUCAUACCCUCAAAAUUUUGUUCGCCUCUAGGGAACUACUGGAAUCAAAUCUAGAUUUGUAUUGAGAAAUAGCAAAAUGGCAUUCAUUUGACAAAAAAGUAUUUCCCUAAGGAAAGAUGUCUGGAUCCUUUACAUCAAAGCAACAACUCUAUAUUUAAGUGCUAUAAACUGUAUGAAAACAACAACUAGCCCUUUGAGGACUAGGUCCGUGUGUUUGAGUGCCUCCUCGUAAAAGUCCUACUGGUUACCCUUUGCUGGAGACUGUGUCCGACAUUGUUCUGAUGCUUCUACUCAGGUUGAGACUCUUAUUGUUAUGGACAUUGUAUUCUACUUGCAUUAUGAAAAAGAAAUGUCCCUCUGUUGAUAAAUAAACUUUUUUCAUUA